AGUUUCCUUAUUUCUAAUCAGCAGCAAUAUGUUUUUUGCAUUUUCUCAUUAGCCAAUCAAGCACCAUGCUUUGAAUCUCUGGUUAAAUACUCAACAUGUUCCCAACCAAAUCAUACUUUUCUCCAAGCUUUUGUUACUCUUCUCCUUAACAAGUUAUCAUAAUCUUGAUUCUUGAUUCUUGAUUCAGAAAGCCAUUGGUUGAAAAAUCUGAGAACCAACUAGCUAGCAUGGGGUUGGAGCUUCACAUUUCCUUAUCUACAAUCCUUACUUUUUUCAUCUUAGUGUUCAUGCUGAUCAACAUAUUCUGGAGAUCAAAAACCAAGAACUCAAAUUCUAAGUUGCCACCAGGGCCAAAGAAGCUACCCCUCAUAGGGAACAUACACCAAAUUGGAACUCAGACUCAUAUGUCCCUAGCAACAUUGGCACGUCAACAUGGUCCACUCAUGCAUAUGCAGCUGGGUGAGCUUUGCUGCAUAGUGGUAUCUUCAGCCGAAAUGGCCAAAGAAGUGAUGAACACACAUGAUAUCAUCUUUGCAAAUAGGCCUCGUGUGCUUGCUGCUGAUGUUAUCACUUAUGGCUCUAAGGGCAUGACCUUCAGCCCCUAUGGAUCCUAUUGGAGGCAGAUGAGAAAGAUUUGCACCAUGGAACUACUAACACCGAAGCGUGUUGAGUCCUUCAGAUCGAUCAGGCUACAAGAGUUGUCAGAUUUUGUCAAGGAGAUAUCUUUGAGUGAAGGGUCACCUCUUAAUCUCACUGAGAAGAUGAAUUCUCUGUCAUAUGGGCUUAUAUCACGCAUUCUUUUUGGUAAAAGAACUGAAGAUCAAGAGGCUUAUGAGGAACAUAUGAAGGGUGUUGUUGAGACAGUUGGAGGGUUUUCUGCCUCUGAUCUUUAUCCUUCUAUUGGAAUUCUUCAAGUUAUUACUGGGAUUAGGACUAGAGUUGAGAAGAUUCAUCAAGGAAUGGAUCGGGUACUUCAGAACAUUGUUAGAGACCACAGAGACAAAACUUUAGGGACUUUUGGUGAAGAAGAUAGGGAAAAUAUAGUUGAUGUUCUUUUAAGGCUUCAGAAAAAUGGUGAUCUUGAACACCCCCUAUCAGACACUGUUGUCAAAGCAACCCUUAUGGACCUAUUCAGUGCAGGAAGUGACACUUCAGCAACAAUAAUGGAUUGGGUAAUGUCAGAACUGGUGAAGAAGCCUGAGAUGAUGGAGAAAGUGCAAAGUGAGGUAAGAAGAAUCUUUGAUGGAAAAGGGUAUGUGGAUGAAACAGAGAUUCAUGAGCUGAAGUACUUGAGAGCUGUUAUGAAAGAAACAUUGCGUCUGCAUCCACCUGUUCCAUUGCUGCUUCCAAGGGAAUGCAGUGAGAAAUGUAAGAUCAAUGGUUAUGAGAUACCAGCCAAAAGCAAAGUGAUUGUUAAUGCAUGGGCCAUUGGGAGGGAUCCCAAUCACUGGGAUGAAGCUGAGAAAUUUGAUCCUAAAAGGUUCCUUGAAAGCUCAAUUGAUUACAAAGGUGGUGAGUUUGAGUUCAUUCCAUUUGGAGCUGGAAGAAGGAUAUGCCCUGGCAUCAAUCUUGGCAUUGUGAAUGUUGAAUUCUCACUUGCAAAUUUGCUUUUCCAUUUUGAUUGGAAGUUGCCUCAAGACCUUGAUAUGACUGAAUCCUUUGGGUUGACAAUGAAAAGGAAACAUGAUUUGGUGUUGAUUCCUAUCGCUCACCACUCAACAAAAACCAAGUUUUAAAAUGUCCAGAUUUUA